AUGAACACCUUUACCGCCCUCGUGUCCUGCCUCGUCCUGCUGGCCGCCUGCUGCCAGGCCGGAUACGUGGCACCAUACGCCUACCACGCUGCUGCAGUCCACGUCCCCGUGGCCACCACGGUGGUGCGUCAGCCGGUGGUGGAACACCACAGCGAGGUGGCCUACGUGCCACCCCACGCCCACGGUUACACCAUCAGCCAGAAAAAGGUCGUCCACCCAAAGACUAUCGUCACCAAGCACGACCCAUUCAUUGGCACCUACCAGCAGGCCGAGGUGCACCACGCUCCAGUGGUGACCGGCUCUCACAGUUCCGUGCACCAGAGCCGAGGUGGACACUUCGUGCACCGGCCGGUUGGCACCAUCGUCUACUAGAGGAAUCCACUUCCUAAGUCACCAUUUGUCUAAAAUACUCAUCCACGCUUGAAGCACAAUAAAUGCAACUCACUCUUCGGGUG